AUGCCUGUAAGAAGAGGUCACGUUGCGCCACAAAACACAUUCCUUGGAAUGAUUAUUCGGAAAUUCGAGGGUCAGAACCGGAAAUUUGUGAUAGCCAACGCCAGGGUGGAGAACUGUGCAAUUAUAUACUGCAACGACGGCUUCUGCGAGAUGACAGGCUUCUCGAGACCGGACAUCAUGCAGAAGCCAUGCACCUGCGACUUCCUCCACGGAAACCUCACGGACAAGGAGGCCAUCGGCCAGGUGGCCCAGGCUGUGUUUGGGUCCGAGGAGCGCAAGGUGGAGAUCACCUACUACCGUAAGGAUGGGUCUGACUUCCAGUGUAACAUUCACAUAAUCCCUGUGAAAAAUGAGGAGGGUGUGGUGAUGAUGUUCAUCUUAAAUUUUGAUUACAUCGUGGAUGGGGAAAGUGACCACUCCACAGAGAAGAUAAGCCCAACGUCACCUACAAAGUCAGAUCAAAGGAGGAGUAGAUUCUUUCGCUUCCGCCACGCCGCUUUGAGCCUGAUGAAUACCAAACAAUCUCUUCCGCAAGAGGACCCAGAUGCUGUGAUGGUGGACCUGCCCAAAGAGAAUGAGGGCUCAAUGGCGCUGCAGAGCUUCCCCUCACCCACCAAGAGCAUUUGCAGUCCCAUUGAGACCAAUGACAGGCAUGGCCUCAUAGGCUCAAGCCACCACUCUUCCCAGGCUAGCGUCGGCCCUGAACCACUUGACCAUUCAUCCCCUAAACACCUCUGGGAUAAGCUGUACCAAACAGAGCCACACCUAUCCUCCACCGCCCUCUCAAACACCUUUCCCAGAGGCAGCAUCAACAGCAUGAGGCGAGCCUCUUCUGUCCAUGAAAUGGAGGCCUACAGCUUGAAUUCCAAAAGCAUAUUCAAUGAUCGUCAUACGAAUGAAGGUAUGUACAGAACUACAGUAUGCCCUUUUAAUCAUGUGAAGUCCAGCCUGCUUGGCUCGACCUCUGAUUCUAACAUCAAUAAGUAUAGCACCAUCCACAAGAUCCCUCUGAUUGCACUCAACUUCUCUGAGGGGACUGAUAAGAAGACUCAUUCCCCGCCAACACCGGAGACAACCAUCAUAGCACCAAAGGUCAAAGACAGAACUCACAAUGUCACAGAAAAAGUCACGCAGGUCCUGUCACUCGGAGCUGAUGUCCUUCCAGAGUACAAACUCCAGACAGCCCGGAUUGACAAGUUCACCAUCCUUCACUACAGCCCAUUCAAAGCCGUGUGGGACUGGCUGAUCCUGCUGCUGGUCAUCUACACAGCAAUCCUCACUCCCUACUCGGCUGCGUUUCUUCUCAAUGACACAGAGGAACAGAAGAGGCGUGAAUGCGGAUACUCCUGCAGCCCUCUCAAUGUAGUGGAUUUAAUGGUGGACAUCAUGUUCAUCAUUGACAUCCUCAUAAACUUCAGGACCACUUACGUAAACCUGAACGAGGAGGUGGUCAGCGAUCCAGCUAAGAUAGCAAUCCAUUACUUUAAAGGAUGGUUCCUUAUAGACAUGGUGGCGGCAAUCCCCUUUGACCUUCUUAUCUUUGGAUCAGGAUCAGAUGAGACCACCACUCUGAUUGGCCUGCUGAAGACAGCUAGGCUCCUGCGUUUGGUGCGUGUAGCGAGGAAGCUGGACCGCUACUCUGAGUAUGGUGCCGCAGUCCUCAUGCUGCUCAUGUGCAUCUUCGCCCUCAUCGCCCACUGGCUGGCCUGUAUAUGGUACGCCAUCGGCAACGUGGAGAAGCCCUACUUGGAGCACAAGAUUGGCUGGCUAGACAAUCUGGGCGUGUCCAUAGGAAAGAGAUACAACUACAGCGACCCGAACUCUGGUCCCUCUAUCAAGGACAAGUAUGUCACAGCACUUUACUUCACCUUCAGCAGUCUGACCAGCGUGGGCUUUGGAAAUGUUUCCCCAAACACCAACUCGGAGAAGAUCUUUUCCAUCUGUGUCAUGUUGAUUGGCUCCCUUAUGUAUGCCAGUAUUUUUGGAAACGUCUCUGCCAUAAUCCAGAGGUUAUACUCGGGUACGGCCCGAUAUCAUGCUCAAAUGUUACGGGUCAGGGAGUUCAUACGCUUUCAUCAGAUUCCCAACCCACUGAGGCAGCGGCUGGAGGAGUAUUUCCAACACUCCUGGGCCUACACCAACGGCAUCGAUAUGAACACGGAGGUCUUAAAAGGUUUUCCUGAGUGCUUGCAGGCAGACAUCUGCCUUCACCUCAACAAAAGUCUUCUUGAAGACUGCAAAGCGUUCCAAGGAGCAUCCAAAGGCUGCCUGAGGGCCUUGGCCAUGCACUUCAAAACCACUCAUGCCCCUCCUGGAGACACUCUGGUCCAUAGUGGUGAUGUGCUCACCGCUCUCUACUUUCUGUCCCGUGGCUCUAUUGAGAUCCUAAAAGAUGACAUUGUCGUAGCAAUCCUAGGAAAAAAUGACAUCUUUGGAGAAAUGAUCCAUCUGUUGGCCAAGCCUGGGAAGUCCAAUGCUGAUGUGCGAGCUCUGAGUUACUGUGACCUGAGCACCAUUCAGAGAGAAGAUCUGCUAGAGGUGAUAGACAUGUACCCAGAGUUUGCCGACUAUUUCCUCAACAACCUUGAGCUUACCUUCAACCUCAGAGAUGAGUCCCCAAAGCCCUCAAGCUCCCAAGGCGGUGAUUCAGAUGGCGAGGGCGGUAGGAGCAUUAAAAGAAGGAUCUCCUUCACACCAGAUGUAUCUCAAGGGGAAAGCAAGGAAGUGGUUAAAGAUUUGAGUAGAGAGAGGGAGUCCAACACGUGCCUAAAGAGAAGUAUGGAAGUCCUUGGUACCCCUCCACUCAAUGCCCAAGUCCUGGACUCGAAUCUUGUUGUCAGAGACAACGUGGAGAGAAGGCCUUCCUUUGAAGACCUGUGCUGUGAUAAAUGGGCCUGUAAGAAACCUAUGGACUACCUGGAUGAGUCAGCACAGUUACAGGACCCGAGAGAGGACGAUAAUUCUGCCAGCGAGAUCACGUAUGGAGAGGUGGAACAGCGCUUAGGUCAGCUUCAAGACCAAUUAAACAGGCUGGAGACUCAGCUGAUGACGGAUAUUCAGACCAUCCUGCAGCUGCUGCAAAGACAACCGACGCUGGGACCUCCAGCCUACAGCACUGUGACUGCCAGUCCAGACUAUCACAGACCUGCUGUGAAGGUUCAGCCGGUUGCACUGACUGCAAGCCAUUUUUUCAGCCAUACAGGAACUCAAGGCCCCAACCACUCACUGGAGAGGACCAUUCAGGAAUCCAAAGACUCUCUGUCGAGCUUGGCCAACGUGAAUGCCCCCAUGGAGGGCAGCCUUACAGCAUUGCUUGUACAAAGACAAACGCAGCCGCAACAACAAUUCACAGGGCAUCAACAGUCUGCACUGAUCCUUCUUCCAACUGAAACCUCUUCCACCUCCUCCUCCUCUUCCUCCCCAGCCCCUUGUGACUCCAACCUGAACACCACCGGACUCAAUAGACCUGAGUUUCCAGGGCCAUAA